AUGGGCGAGACUUCGUCCGCCGCGCUGCGCCCCUCCGCCGGUCCCCAACCGUUCAUUAGCAGCCGCCACCGCUGCCCCUCUCCUCCCCCUCCCCCGGCUCCUCGAGACGGAUACCCACCUGCUGGACGAAGCGGGUUCCUCUCGUCGUUUUUUGCCUGCGGGUUGUUUUGCCAGCGAUCGUGUAAUGUGGCGGCGGUUCGUGGGCCCAGAGAAUCUGACCUGGCCGCCACAAGGAGACUGGCGCUGCUCAUUCAUGGAAGGAGCUGGGCAGGUACGCGCCAAGGGGACUUCCACUUCGUAUUCGGCUCCCGAGAAUUGCCUUGUUUUUCUGCAAUGGUUCAGCGGUAUCCUUAA